CACUCAGUCUCUCGUCUGACUUCGUGCCGUUUAGGUCGUUGUUUGCAUCGCGGGAUCGAGACGGACACAACGAGAAAAAAUUCUUUGAACAAGGUUUCGUGAAUAUCAUUUGGAAAAAAAAAUCCAAAAACUGUGUCUCGUGCAUACGGAAUAAAAUCGAUUUUUUUCUACUGCAUUGACAUAAAUCGUGGUUAUCUAAAAGAUCGAAAUUUUUAUGUUCGACGAUUGAUCAAUUUUGCUAGAGUGAAUUUCGCCGAUCGUUCGCGUCGUGCAUCUUGUUUAUUUUUUUUUGUUCGCUCGUAGUUCAUGUGAGAGUUUUGUGAUUCUUGUGCUUGAAGUUCUCUAAGACAGUGAUUGGAUAGAAAUCAUAGCAGUUGAAAAACACGUAAAUACCAAAAAUUAAUCAUGGUGUCAUCAUUCGCGAUCAGUGGCAUCUUGCUCCUCGUUCUCCAGGUGUUCACCGGCGUCGACUCCCUCACUGUGGACGCGAAGAUACGUGACGAUCCCGAUUUAUCUCAGUUCUAUCAACUUCUGGAAGCGAGCCAUGUAGCGAACACCACAAUGAUGUACAGACACGUUACCGUAUUUGCACCGACUAAUCUAGCUUUCCAAAAGUCUCGAGCGCCCAGCGAGGAUAUCAAGGACUUGGUUCUUUAUCAUAUGUCGAAUCUACCUAAAACCGCCGACGAUCUCAGGGACUCGAUAUCAUCGGAAUUGGAAGGAAACCCGCCGCUUUGGGUGACGAGGAAACGUAUCAAUUAUAAUGAAGAGAUUUACAUUAAUAAUGCGAAAAUAAUUGAGGGUCGGAGCUUCAAAUCAACGAUGAAACAACAGUCCGGAGAUGUUAAAAAUCAAGUACUGCACAUUAUAAACGAGGUGCUGGAACCGGUAGUUUCUAUCGCGACUGCGGAUCCAAUCUACAAUCCGAAUGCCUUCGAAUUUCUCAACAAAAGUGACAAUAUUAAUCUUGGUGACAUGCGCGUGCGAACGUUUCGCCAACGAAUGAUGCUCAACAAGAAAGAAGAUGUUUUUAAAGCAGACGGACGUUACACUUUCUUCAUUCCCAUUGACGAGGGGUUCAAGCCAAAUCUUCGACCCCACAAAGUCGACUCCCAAGUUAUCGAUGGACACAUUAUACCCGGUCACGUUUUAUUCACGGCUCCAACUCCAAGGGACAAGGCAUACAACACGCUCGCCUUUUCGGACAAUCUCAAAGUCACUGUGAGCUUCGUGGCUCAGCAGGAUAAAAUUUACGUGAAAUCUAACACUCUCGCUGGUCCACCAAAUUAUCCGACUGGGGCUGUAAUGGCUGAGAUCCUCAAGGCCAACAUUCCUGUUCAAAAUGGCGUUGUUCAUCUUAUUCAAAGACCUCUCAUGGUCGUCGACACGACAGUCCAACAGUUUCUUGAGUCAUUCCAGGACAUCGACAAAGAGGAUGGACCGGUGUACAAGCUCUACGAGGUCAUAAAGGAUCUCGGUGAUGGGUUCAUGCAAACGUUGACGAAUCAACGCAGCAUCACGCUCUUCGCACCCAGCAAUGCGGCUUGGGAAGAGGAAGGUGUUCGUCACAUCCUCCAGGACAAAGAACACUUGAGGGAAAUACUGAAUCUCCACUACGUUAAGGAUAAACUACCUCUCGAUGUGAUUAAGCAGAAGAGCGUCAACCAGAUGCCAUCUGAUGGACGUGGACAAUUCGGGGUACAGACCGCGGCAAAUUGGAAGAGUCUCUACUUCAACGUAAUAACCGGACCUAACGGCAGUCAGACGGUGACAGUGGAGGGAGGCGGUGUAAACGCGACUGUUAUUACAGCUAACAUUGCUGCGACCAAUGGAAUCAUUCACAUAAUCGACCGAGUACUUGGUGUACCUUAUACGACUGUUCUUGACAAAUUGAGGACCGACCCGAUGUUAAACUCGACAUAUUAUUUGGGAACACAGCGGGAUUUCAACAACCAGCUCAACGAUACGAAAAAGAGAUUCACGUAUUUUGUUCCACGGGACUCGGCAUGGGAGAUUGCCAGAAUCAGCAUUCCAUCGACCUACAAAAAGUUGUUUAUGCCUCAAUUCAACUAUCACACACAACAAAUUUUGGAAAGACAUCUCGUCGUGGCAAAUCAACCUUACACGAUGGCUCAGCUGAAGAAAAUGGUAGUCAACGGCACAGUGACGUUGCAAGCCGUCAGAGGAAGCUUGAAGUUGCGAAUCAGAGAGGCCGAUGACAUACUUUUACAACCAGACGAGAAGUACGACGAAAAUGCAAUCCGUCCUCGUGACUAUUUCGGCUAUCAAAUCGAAUGGAUGGGCAAGUGGAUUCGAGUUUAUCGUCCCGACGUUCCAUGCACCAAUGGAAUAAUCCACGUGAUCGAUGAGGCAUUCGUUAGUCCGGAUGACGUUCAAGUUACCGGGGGUGCGUCAAUGACGAGCGUAGCGACUCAUCUAAUCAUACUUGUCAUCGCCAAGUGGUUCCUCUAAGGGAAAUUUCCGUACUAAAGCAAAAAAAAAAAGUAAACGUGAAAAGAAAAUAAUUCGCGAUUUUUCUUCGCGUUGUCAAGAAAAAGAAAAAUUAGAUUCUACGUCUGAAGAAUUUUUGUGACUUGAGGCUUCUCCGAUCAAAAGAUUUCUUUUCUUUUUUGCGUAUUUCUUAGAGAACUUGAAAAAUAUGUCAACUGCGGGGAAGAGAAAGAGAGGACUAUAAAAUAAAGGGCUUGGGAAAAUCGAGGGAAAAGGUUGCGGAGCGUUGCGACAAAAACGAAAAAUUUCCCCUCGUUAAAAUGCAAUCGAUUAUUUUAAUCGCUGAUCGAUGGGGGGGGGGGGGGGGCAAAUAUUGUAACGAAAACGCGCGAAUGCAAUUUUCCAAAGGAUUUCGAUGAAACGGUCUCAAGCCAGUAAAUAGCCUAUUAUUUAUUAUUUUUCCGAUAGUUGAACUUUCAUAAACUUCGAGGCGUGUGAAUCGUACCAAAUAACGUAAUAUAAUAAGAAGUAAUUUAAUGGAUAAACAAAAACGUUCGAAAUGUUGAGUGUCGGACGAAGUAUUGAGCUAUAUAAACUCGUGUUGAUAACGAAUGGAGAGUAUUUGUAAUCGUUGUUUCGAUUGAACGACAAAACGUAUCGGGCUCAUCGAAAAGGAAAAAAAAAACAAAUCAACGCCCGAGUCUUCGCCAUUAUUUUCUCUCUCGUUUCGAGGGGGGAAGACAAAAAUCUGUAUCGAUUUUACGACUACGCGCGAACGAGACCAUUCGGAAUCAUCGUUUGCGUUAGUUAUUAUCUCAAAAUACAUAAAGACGUGUAUUAAAAGAAAAAUUAUUUGAAGAAAACAUCUCAGCCUCAUAUUAAUUUAAUGAAUACAUCGCCAUGCUACGUGUAAGACACCAAUAAGUAAUAUUAUAAAUAUUUUUCAGCAGGUAUUACCAAACGUUAGGUAUGUAUCGAUAACUAUAAUUACUUUUCUCUCUUCUCAUUCAUGUAGCUGAAAUAACAGUAGACUGUUCAAAGCUGGUGAUUCCGAAUGUCCCGAGAGAUUCUGUAUAAUACGUAUGCAUUGAUAUUUAUUAUUAUUAUUAUUAUUAUAAAUAGCGUUUUAAAACUGGAAACCAAAAAAAAAUGAAAUACUUAUUGAGAAUGACUGCUACACCGAUGUCUCGUGAGUUAAGCAACAAAAAAUAAACCUGAGCUUACCACGAUUUUUUUCAACACUUUUGUGAACUCCUGAUAAAAAAAAAACGAAGCGAUUCGGUGGGGCAGUUUGUUCAACAGAAUGACAAUUCGGAGGGAAUCUCGGCGGUACUGAAUUUACUCUGAUAAUAAUAAUUAAAUGGAAGGAUCGAUAAUUUAAAAGUUUUGUGAUUUCUCAAUAUGAGUGACUUCAACACAUAGAAUAUUCCUAUUGAAGUCCAGUGUUGGUCAACAAGAAAACAACAUCAGUCCCUUUACGAUGGUAGUCGAAUAAUUUUACUUCUCUUUUUUCUGAUAGAUGUUUUUCAGUUUAUAUUCAUUUUCACGGCCUUCAAGUUUUUUUAUUUUUUUUUUUUUGAAAUUCGUACAAAAUUUUCCUUUUUAUUUUUUACAAUAUGUAUCGCCGAGAGGACUUCGAAACGAUAUCGUCUUGAUAAUCAGUGACGGGCAUUGUACCACUGAAAAGCCACGACUUAACCAAAAUAAUUAAAAAUCGUCUUUUUUUUCCAAUUCAUCAUAGAAUAUAAAUGAAUAAAAAUUAUUUUAUAACAGUCGAAUAACUAAAAAACAUGACGAUUGGUAUUUUUUCGCAUCAAUUACUCAUCGCUAGUUUAAGAUAAUUUUCAGCUUACUUAUUUGUUUUAAGCAAUGUCCAAUGCUUAGUCAACAUUUGAAUGAUUCCAAAACUUCAUGAUUCAUUUUUUCUUACUAUAUCGUAUCGUUAAUUUAAAAAGUCAUCGUAUUUAAAAGUUGUGCCAUUUUCGAAAAAUGAAUCCUUGUCGACUGGUGAUUUCCAGCUUUAGCACGAGGAACUCGUUUUUUUUUCUCUGAGCAAUUAUCCUAAAAUACUUGGUCACCGCACUCGCGCCAUUUCGAAUAGCAAUCGUGCAUUUUUUAUGUCUAGACCUGCUCAUAAACGAUUUGAAAAUAACACAAAAAUUAUAAAACGAAAGACGAACGUAUGAUGUUUCAGCGUUAAAUGAAAUAACAAUAAAAAAGAAUUCAACUAAAAUAUACUACGUGUUGGUAUCAAUCUAUAAGUGUAAAACAAUAUUUCGAAGAAAAUUUCAUACACAAUCACACGCAAGACACAAAAAUACUAUGGAUAUUGAUGUACGUGACAAUGAACACAGAGAUAUAUUGACGAAGACGAAAGUACUGAUGUGGAGAUUUGCGAAGCAAAGCGACGUUUAAACAUGAAAAAAGAAAAACAGGACUCGAAAUACGAAUGGAAAUGCUGAAAAAAGAGUAAUAAAUGAAAAGACUAAAAAUAAACGAAAAAACCUUACACUUGUUGUUGCGAUGAAUAAUAUUGACAUUAUUAUUAUUAUUAUUAUAUAAAUAUAUAUAAUAUACACAAAACUUUUAACUAAAACUGUUUGUUCGUUAGGUGAACGAAAAAAAAUAAUUCAUGAAAAUAUAAAACCAUUUUAGAGCUUCACCAUCUCUGUAUAGAAUGCACGUGUCUUAAAUGUCCAGCUUUGCUGCGUAUUUGAGGCAAAAAAUCUCUUUUACUGUUCAGAAUCUUAAUGACUGCACGAGGAUCCGUCUGACGCGAAAAAUAAACAAAAAUGAUAUAAAAAAGAAAAGAAAAACAAAUAAUCCCACUGCUGUACUCAGAACGAAUUUGUGUAUAUGAUCAUUGAUCGUUGAAUAAUGAUCAUACCUGAAAAGAGCUGCGGGACAUUUUCAUAUGGAAAUUGAACGAUAUUGGCAUAAAAAAUAGCUGGAACUUUCGAUUUAAUGGAAAUGAAUUUUCAAAUGAAACUGACGAUUUUUCUGGUACGGCGUGGUCAAUUAACUCGCUCCGGUAAUUGAUUAAAAAUGGUUAUUAUUCAUAAUUAUUUUUGGUGAAUUUACAUUAUGGGAAAUAACAUACGGUCAGUCGUUCAAUUUCACGUGAAAUAUCUCAUGUAUCGAAUUAUUCGUAUCACGUGAUUUCGAACCAUUCGUCCAAUUAAAGAAAAAAAAACGAAAACCACUGUUCCGGGUAUACUUGACUCUGCCCCGAAGUUAUUCAUCGUUUAAAACGUUGGGUUCACACCCACACGAUUAUUCACUGCUGUAAUAAUAGGAGAAUGCGAUUACCGCAAUUGGGCGUGCGCGCGAGGAGUAGGAAAAAAAAUACAAACGAUUUUGUGCGUUUUCCCCUUGUGCUUGGGAUUUUCGUGAAACGAAUCCCAUACAGUGAUAACGGGAAUCGUACAAUAUCGCUGAACAAGGUAAUUUGUUUUUGUUAUUUUUUUUUCCUUUUUAAUGUUAAAGUAAAUUUUCACGAGAAUAAAAAAAGUAGGAGUAAGAAAAAAGAUAAAAACAAAAGUCGCCUCAUUAUACAAGUUUUACAGGAUCAGUCGCUUUUUAUCGCAUCACUCAUCGCUUUUACCAUUGUCUCAUUUUUUUAAAUCUCUCUUCAUUCUCGUAGAUACCGGAAAUAAAAGAAAAUUCCGGUACGUGUAUGUAUUACAAUUGCCAUGAAACGUCCGAGACGUUUUCAAUAAUAAAAUUUCACGCGUGAUACAUUCAGGAACGAAACUCCGAUGAACUUUAUUAUUUCCGAGACUUCGUUCAUGUCUAAUCGACAUUUUUGCCUAGCAUACUAUACGAAAGCUAUAACCUCAAAGAAUUCGGAAAAAUUUGAUAUUUAGUUGUACAUUUCGCGGAAAAACAUUGCUGGUAAUCUGUUAAAGUAUUUUUUAUUUUUUUGUUCUCGUGCUGACCCACUCUCGAGAUUCAGUGAGUGAUCGCUUAACUGUUAAAAUAGAAAAACAAAUUGAAUAUAAAGUCUUUAUAUUUAAUCCAGAGAAAUCAAAUGUCACACUCGAUCGUUCCACAUUAUCUCGUCAAAGUCAUUGACAUUAUUUGUACAUUUUGUAGAUAUACAUUCGAUAUAUCGCAGAUAGCGAGAUACCAGACAUUUAAUGAUAAUAAUAUUAAUAGUGAUAAUAUUGUAACGAUAUCAUACGAGAAACCUCAUAAACAUGUCGAUAUUCUUUUUUAGGGUGGUUAAAAAACUAUUCGUGGCUUAUCGAUUGUGCAAGAAAUUCUACUUUGAGCCUUGAGACAUUUUUUAUAUAUGAAAAAAAAAACAAAUGAAGGAACAGGUCUCCAUGAAUUGAGUUUCAAAAAAAAUAAUGAUUUUCCGACGAUUUUUAAUAGUUUGAAUCAAAAAGUUUAUAAACAUUAACAUUUAUUACAUGAAAUCAGAUUCAUUGAGCAGCUCGAAAGAAGACAGUUCAUAUCAGCGUUUGUAAAGAAACGUUUAUACCGUCGUAAAAUAAAAUGCAAACUAACGAGGAAAACCACAUUGGAGUUGAAACUUUCUGAAGAAACAUUGAUUCCUCGUUAGUUUUUUAUAAACCUAAUAAUAAUAAAAAGGAAGGUGACAAGUACUUUUUUAACCACCCUGUUGUUUAACAUCGUGUUACACAUUGAUGUCCUUUUUUAUGAGGCAACAUAAAUAAAUGGUCUACAUUACGCUUCCCCGACGAGCUGAAGCUUCGGUGGGAGAGGAAGAAUGCAAACAGAACAUAAAAUUAUAGCAAAAAUUGGGCUCUCGAUACGGUGGAACAUUUUGUUUAUUUUUCAUUAACGAAAUGAUCUAUAAAAACAAAACGUUUCGAUACGAUGAGGCCCUUUAUUAAUGAUACAGCAAAACACACAGACACACACACACACACACACACACACACACACGGCGAAACUCUUCGAACAGUGAAAUAAAAAUCGCUUUAUUAAAUAUAAAAGUGCACACCGAGUCCAUCUGACAAGAAGCAUUGAUAAGAAGGUGGAAAAAACACUAAAUGUUAAUAGAUUAAAUGAAAACGAUAAAAUCGGUAAUUGCAAUUUAGGACUUAAAAAAACUGUCGUAGCUUAAGCAGCCAGGGUGUUAGUUUAAGCCGAAAAAAGGAUUUGUCAUACGAAAUCAUUUAUUGUAUUUACAAUGUGUGUCUAUGAGUAUGAAAAAACUCAUAUUUCGUUAACAGCUAUUAAAAAAAAAAAAAAAAAAAAAAAAAACAAACAAACAAAGGAAAAAUAAAAUGGCAGCCUUGAAUCAUCUUCUUUAUUUCACAAUUCAAUAUCAAGAGCGUUUUACCAUUACACUAUCCCUAAUAGGUUCUGUGAAGGUAUAUGUAAACAGUAAAACUAAUGAUUAAAGAGAAAAAGGGAUAACUGUUCGAUCGCGUGUCUACCUCGCCACGUCGUACUAAGAAGUUGUCGAAUGAAUUUUUAAUCGUGACUAUGAAAAUGGACGGAGGAACGCGAUAAAAGCGAAUCACGAUUUGCGUAAUUUACACGUGGUUUUGUAAUUCCGAAUUGUCCUUUUGACACUCAGCCUAACGUAUGAAAAUAAAUGUAUUAAAUAAAGAGAAACAGAGAAUGAGGAAUGUGAACGAAAAAAAAUAACUGGCAUAAAGAGCACUUAUAACUGCACGAAACGAGUGUGAAUGCAUGGAAAUUAAUUAUAUCGGUGUAAGUUCAAGUAAAUCAAUGAAACGAGCAGUAAAAGUUAUGGUAAUUGAGAGGAUUCUGACAAAUGAAAAUGUUUCAAAUAAAUGAUUAACUAACCUUUACCGAAGAGACCCACAACAUUUUUAGUUUUCGACUCUGUUUGUAAUACCUGUAACAAUAAUUUCGUUGGCCGUUAGAUAAUAAUAGUAACAGACUCAAACGUCAUUGGAUGAAAUAUGGUUUUCGUUAUUUUUUGCGAUUGACUGAUAUGAUAAUUAUCGCGAUACUAAUAAAGUACAAAGUACUAAAGCUUUGAACAUUUUUGUAUGAUCCGUAAUACCUCUGUAACGAUAACGAGGAUUUUUCACAAAAAAACAACUUUGCAAAUUUGAAAUAAUCAGUUUUUUCAUACUUGAGAGUCCACACCUCAUCCACGAACACCCAACACAUAAUGACAUUUGAAAUAAAAAAAAAAAACGAAAAAAAUGAAGAAAGACGUAGAAACUACGUAGACAAAUUUUAACGAAUCAUUAAAGGGUAAGGAUAGAAUAAUAAAAUCUAAAAAUUCCGAAACUGUAAUAAUUAUGGCAUGAAGCAUUUUUUAAAAAUUUCGAACUGACGUUAGCGAUUUGAUAUCAUACGAGUUGAGAUACGCAAUUUUGUGAGAAUAAAAACACGAGGUUGUUUUUUAGUAUUACGUCUGCCGAUGAACUGGAGCGAAUAAUCACUUUGCUGGAUGUAGUACUUUUUGAGCUGAUAUACAUUAUGUACAUGAGUUGAAUCAUGCUAAGUCAAAGAAUUCAUUUUUAAAGUGAACAGCUUGAAAAAAAAUAAAAACGAAUAAAAUUAUUCUUAUGGAUUUGAAUCGCGGUAUUAUAUGAAUAUUAGUAAUUAUAUUGUAAUUGAUUAAUCGAAUUUAAGUACCUCAGAGCUAUUUGUAUAAACUCCGUUCACAUCAAUGACCGCAAAUACAUUAAACGAUUUAAGCCCUGGCAUGAUUUUUGUGCCUCCUACUUUGAGUUGCAAUUCAAUUCGAUUUAAUUUUUUAUCUACAUAUUAUGAUAAUUAUACAUUUAAGAUAUAAUUACGAGAUUUAGUUUUUAUUAUAGAUUAGCAUUAUUCGUGUGUUUAAUUAUUAUUGAAUUGUAUGAAAAGAAAAGAAACGAGUAACAGCAACAAUGAGAUUGGACGCAGAAUCGAUUUUUUUAUUAUUAAUAUUCUUCAACAAUUAAUUUGAUUUGCUGAUCAUCGAAAAACAUGAAAAUCAAUCAUUGUAUUGCGAAUGUGUGAUCUUAUGCGAAAUUCGCGAGGCGAGCAUCGAUUUGAAAAACGGCCGGAAUGUGUGAUAAGAUAGAGCCAGAGACAAACUGUAGAUUUUUAAUUUUUUUUCCCUCAAAUUGCUUUUUUUUCUCUCUAUCAUAUUUAUCCACCACUGAUGGACCAAAACUUUUGGAGAUCAUGAGUGGGCUUGCUUGUACAAAAUCGUAUAAACUGUCACACGUUUCUACCGUUUUAUUACAUGACACAGACGCACGCGCCGCGCUCUCCAAAUACUGAAAGCUAUGACUGUAUGAGUUUAUGGAAAAAUAAAGAUCACUUGCAACAAA